GCCUCCCUCCACUAUAUGUCAAAAUCCUUGCCCUCGCCGCAUGAAUGGUGAGCCCACCCAUUCUCGUUCUGCUGCGACGCAUAACAAUGUAGCAAGCUGUAAUGCAGCGCGCGUUCUUCACAGUCGGGGUCCGAACUCCACGAAGUACAACUCUUACAUUCGGAAAUCCCGCAGACCAUUUUACCGAAAGCCGCGCGCUCAAAUUCGAAUUUGUUCAGCAAAGGCCAAAAAAGAAAAAAAAAAAGUCCCUUUUCACUCUUCUAAACUCCCAAUUCUACAGCUGAAGUGAUGCUCAAACCCUAGUAGGAUUUCCCAAAAUUUCCGAUUCUGAUCCCAACAUCAACAGUCCACCAAAAAAUGGCCGCUUGCAAGGCUCCCUCUCGCUACGCCGCUGUGGAACCCUGCUCCUCUUCCUCAUCUCGCGGUCCCUCCCCGGCCUCUGGCCUCAAAAGCACUUCGAAGAAACUCCCUUCCUUGAAGAAUCUGUCUUCCAAUUCCGGCAGCCGCCGCAAUCCCUCCAAUCCCACCGUUGCCACUGUCACAGCUGAUAAUUCCUCCCGCAUGAUCGUGAAGAACCAACCACCGACAUUCGGCACCAUCGUCAAGAAGUUCAUGGAGAAGCGCUCCAUUUUGAAGACUGGAUCGGCGAGGAGGAUGGAACUCGCCAUACCGGCUGAUGCUAUUGCGGAGGAUUUGAAGAAGGCAGCGGGUAAGGGAUCCGGCGGUGGCUUUUCGAGCCUCCAUCUUAAGCUGUUCAACAGGUCAGGAUCGGGGGAUCGAAUGCCGAAGAAGGCAUUGACGGAGGUGAGUAACAAUACUCGUACGCUGGGGAUGGUGCUCCGCAGCGAGAGGGAGCUUAUGAGCCAGAACAAGGAGUAUGAGGAGGUAAUUGCAGAGCUGCGGCUCAUUGUUGAAGAGAAGAAUCUAGAGGUGGAUAAACUAAAGGAUCUAUGCCUGAAGCAAAGGGAGGAGAUAAAGGCGUUGAAGGAUGCGAUACUUUUCCCAGAUCUUAUAAAUCCUCAGCUUCAUGAGCUGUUUGAGAGGCAAGGAUCCGAGUUAAAGGAGGCUAGAAAAAUCAUACCCUGUCUCCAGAAGCAGGUUUCGUCUCUCACGGGGAAGAUCCAAUGCCUUGCAGUGGAUCUUGCAGAGGUGAAGGCUGAUAAGUAUGCUGGAAAGAAUUGCUUUGAUGGGCAUGUCUGUUCUCCAACAACUCCUAAAUAUGACAAGGAAUUUCCUGAUGCCUUGGAAUAUAAUUCUGGUGAUCCUCUUAGAAUAGAUGACAUAAAUCCCUGUCUGACUCCAUGCUUUUCCAAAGUAAAAUCCAAGGACCAUAGAGGAGCGGGCUACAGUUCUCCAAGCAGAAAUAGAAACUUUGAAGAUAGUAGUGAUUUGAGCCCCACCGUGCUCACAGAUUCUUAUGGUGGGAAGCUGUCAAGGAGCUCGGAACACCACCAAAAGCAAAGCAUAGGCAUUAUACCAGCAAGAAAAAUAUGCAAAUCAGAGGAAAGCAAAUGGCGCUUUGGAAAGCAAAGAAGGCCUCAAAAUCUGUUCUAAAACCUGUGAGUAAUGUUGGCUUUCUUGUUCUAUGAAUUUCCUUUUUUGUCUUCUACUGUUUCUCCUCGUGGGGGAGAUGCGCGCAUGUUAUGAAACAGAUAUACGCUACAGGUUAUGUUCUUAUAAUUUUUUUUUGUAUGGUUGAUUUCUGUGCAUUACUUUUUAUAAUUGUUUUUGGUUUUAGUAAUACUACAGUAUUUUUGGCAAAUAUAGAAGACAAAAUUGUGUUAAUUUCACGUACUAAAUAAUUCAUCCAAUAUAAAUAUUCUAAUCAUGAAACAGCUUUCGUGUGAGUAAUUUUGAUGCUCAAAUGAUUUAUUGGGUUUGGAUGAGCUUUUUCAAUGGAGCUUUAUAAAUACCUUCCUGAGAAAGUAAAUCAUAUAGAGAGGUUUGUGAAAUAAGCUAAGCCGUAUUCC